AUGACCUUCCCCGAGUCAGGAAUCCUGGUGGAGGCUGAAGCAUUCAAUGACUUCGGCGGCUGGGUCCUAGACUCGCAAUUUGAGACACAGAUGGGCUCCCCCUACCUGUUGGCACAUGGAAACGGUGUCCCGGUUGCAGACGCCACCACCGAUAUUUCCAUCGAAGAAGACGGUGAGUAUAACAUCUGGGUUCGUGCCAAAGACUGGGUUCCGAGUUAUCAUCCCGGGCGAUUCACUCUCACAGUGAACGCAAAGACCCUGAAGACCGAAUUUGGCGCCAACGACCAGGAUUGGAACUGGCAGCUCGGAGAUAGGGUAGAGCUAGUCGCUGGUAAGACUCAGCUAAGGCUACACGACCUGACUGGGUUUUGCGGACGCUGCGACGCGAUAUUUCUGAGUCGAGAUGAUACAGCUCCGCCUGAAGCUGUCGACGAGGAAACGCGGGCGUGGCGGCGGAAAUUCCUUGGACUGCCCGAUGAGGCGGUCGACAUUGGAGCCUUCGACCUCGUGGUUGUCGGAGGGGGAGUUACUGGGGCUGCUGCAACGUUGACAGCGGCCAGGCUAGGAGAACGCGUGGCUCUCAUCCAGGACCGGCCCUUCCUAGGUGGCAACGCGAGCGUUGAAAUUGGCCUCAGCCCCCGCGGUGUGACUGGGCCACUCAUCGAUGAACUAUCUCAGCGUAAGCCUGAUGGCGAUUUGGUUGCUAUACAGCUACUCAAUGCCGAUCCAAAUGUGACCGUCUUUCUCGAACACACUGUCUAUGGUACUGUCACCGUGGAUUCUACCAUUGUCUCUGUACUUGCACGUCAUGCUAGAAGUGGUCGGGAGAUCCGCAUCUCGGCCCCAGUAUUCAUUGAUUGCACGGGGAAGUGUAUCCUCGGACUGCACUCGGGCGCAGAGACAAUGUUCGGUCAAGAGUCGCAGGCAGAGUACGGGGAAAGCCUUGCUCCGACAUCUCGCGACAAUAUGCACCAUGGAAACACCACGUUCUUCCGUACCCGGAUGGCUGACUCACCUGUCCCCUUCCCAUCUGUUCCAUGGGCUAUUGAGGUAUCAAAAGACUUCUCUGACCUCCGUGGACAGCUGAGAACUCCAGGUCGUGAAAAUGGACCUGGUCCGGUUGUUGUACCUCCAGGACAUGUCCCAGAUCCAACGAUCCGCCAGCGCAUGAAGGGGCCCCUCACCCACUUUUGGGAGUAUGGCCAAUGGCUCGACCCUUACACCAAAGCUGAACAUAUCCGCGACCAUCUGCUCCGUGCAAUUUAUGGCACAUUCUCCAACGUCAAGACAAUCGAGCCGCAGACAUAUGCUAACCUCGAGUUCGACUGGGUAGCAUAUGUGCCUGCACAAGGUGAAUUUCAACGAUACAAAGGUGACUAUGUCCUCACGGAGACGGACAUUCGCACGCACAAGAAAUAUCCAGAUGCCGUGGUGAAGAAUGGAGGAGCCUUCUGUCUACACUACCCAGGUGACGAGAAGUACGACUUCCGUCUUAAGUUCUGGGAAUGGGAUGAGCGGGAUGGGAAAACCUACGACGUUCCAUUCCGCACGCUUUACUCCGUGAAUAUUUCCAACUUGAUGAUGGCUGGAAAACACAUGAGUGCUACGCACGUCGCCGGGUCCAACACUAAAUUCAUGGGUAACUGUGGACAGCACGCUAUCGCGACUGCUGCUGCUGCACACCUGUGCCACAAGUACAACACAAUACCACGGGGCAUCUACGAGAAACACCUGGCGGAGCUUCGGGAUAUCACCGUAUCUAUUACCGGGCCAGAUACGCCCGUUGCUCCGAGUCGGCUGUAA